GAACAACUGCGUGUCGAGUUUCGCCGAGGCAAUGCAUGCGAAGGGUGCAGGAUGAUAUCCGCCAAAGUCAUAUAUAAGGAAGACUCCGGCCAGGAAUUCUGUAAAAACUCGAUCGCAUACGACACGACCACAAGUCCUCUCAGACACUUAUCUUGCGACUAAUCCCUUCGAGACCGAGAUUCCUAUUCCGUCUUCCCACUCGACAAAACAAAACAGAGCAAAACACUCGCUCCUACUAGAAGCUACCGUUUUAACGAAAGAGAUCACCGCAAGAUGACGCUUACUCUUUGGAAAGAUAUUUCUCCUAUGGGCCAGCCGCUCCGGCAGCCGUCCAGCAAGUCUCCGCACGUUCUGAUCAUUGGCGGCGGUGUCACUGGGUUGAUAUCGGCUUGGGUACUGCUCGAUAAAGGAUACCGCGUCACUAUCGUCAGCAGCGCGUGGGUGAACGACGAGCAGCGCCUGACUUCGCAGAUCGCGGGCGCCCUUUGGGAGUUCCCGCCGGCCGUAUGCGGCCAGCACACGGACAAGAUCUCGCUGGCGCACUCUAAGCAUUGGUCCAUGACGGCGUACCACAUAUGGGACGGAAUUGCAUCCAUCCCGGCCCUGAGCGAAGCCUCCGGCGUGCGUAUGAUGCCGUCAGAUUUCUUCUUUCCGGAGCCCGUGGAGAGCGACAAGGCCCAAGUUUCCAAGAUGACAGAGAUCAUGGCCAGUGGCGUCAGAGGGUUCUACCGAGGAGCCGACAUCAUAGACGAGAGGGGAAUCGACCCGUCGUACGGGGCGGUUGACGCGUACGAGCUGCUGGCGCCCGUGAUCGAUACCGAUAAGGCCAUGGUUUGGCUGACAGAGCUCGUCGAGAGCAAGGGAGCCAAUCUCGUCACCGAGACGAUCCGUCACGACCUGGUAGAAAUCGAAGACACGCUGCGGGCUCGGUUCGAAGCUGACGCCAUCGUUAACUGCACUGGCCUUCAGGCCCAAGAGCUCGCCGGCGACGAGAGCGUCUAUCCUAUCAGGGGUGGCCUCAUCCGAGUGAUCAACGACGGGACGGACUUCCCAAAAGUAGACGCGGCCCUAACUAUCACGGCAGACGCGGCUCACUCCGCUAACGAGAUCAUCUUCCUCGUACCUAGGAACGACAACAUCCUUCUGAUCGGCGGCAUAACCGAGCCGCACGAGUGGGACUUGGACCUCACUCUAAGUACCCCCAUCAUCCGUAGAAUGCGGGAGAGAUGCGAGAGAUUCCUCCCCGGCUUGGAAAAUGCCAGGGUAGAUCCCGAAUAUCCGUUCGCGCAAGGUCUGCGUCCCUUCAGAGGCCAGAACGUAAGGGUCGAGCGCGAACUCCGCAGGACGGGCAGCCGCAUCGUUCAUUCCUAUGGGCACGGCGGCGCGGGCUGGAGUCUGUCGUUUGGCUGCGCACGAGACGUUGCAACGCUGAUCGACGAGGCCCUCGAGGGGGUCCCGGCGCGACCGAUGAGCGAGACGGUCUUCGAACGAAAAGCGGGGGGGUUCCAAAGGUCUACGCCGAGGCGUUGAAUGAUCUGAUUACGUCUCUUUUUUUUUUCUUACACUUGUCUCGGCGUCGACAUGAUUAAAAUGGAGCACGGGGAGGGCGAGCAUA